AUGACUGGGAUUGCUAAAGUCAUCGUGAGUUUUUUUCGAAAAGGUGAAGAAGUCGCCAUCGAACGUCAUCGAAGCAGGGUCCCAGUAGACAAAGAAGCUCAUAGAGGAGUAUCUGAACUAAAAAAACAUCUUACGGAAACAUCUUAUGGAAUUGGCGGAUUUUCGUUAAAGUUAUUUCGCCUGGCGAAAUCGCCUGCGGGCAAAUGCGAAAAUUUUGCAAUUGUGACGGAUGGGCAAUGGCAGCUUGAACUUCCAAAUUUAAUAUCGGAUGAAAGUAGCAGUGAGCUCAACGUACACAUUAUCCAAGAAGUCACAAACUGGACCGGAAAGCCAGUAGUGUUGCUGAAGGCGCCGGCUACAUCUGAUAAAAGCAAGCAGAAGUCAAUGAACGACACUGAGAAGAAAGGUGACGAGUCAAAAGUGAGAAGGAAACGGAAAUCACGAGAAGAAGCAAAAGAAGAUGAAAAUCUGGCAAAGAGGAUCAUGACUGAAGGAGGUGACAUCGAGAGAAACGAAAGGCAACAAGGAAACCUUCAAAAGUUUCAGGAUGGUAGGGCUGAAUUAGCACUUGUAGUUCGUUUACCUGAUUUUCAAAAGUCAUAA